AGACAAGGCUCGCUUGAAGCGGCCUACGCUAAGCGCUAAGCCAUAUCAGGAAAUAGUCCAUCGGCUGGCAAUAGGUGUCAUCGGCCGAGGGAGCUGAACCCGACCGUUCUUUGCUUCAACUUUCCCUUACGAGCCUGCCUCACAUUACCACCAAUCGCAACUGACGGCCUCCUUUCUACAGUCUCUCCUAUACAAUGAAACCACCCUCACGCCCACGAAUCUGAAAUUCCUCCAUCCAAUCCAUCUAUCACACUGAUUUACCCACCACCAUAAUGCUCUCCACCGGGUUCGCAUCCGCUCCUGUCUCCCGCAGCCUCGCGUACGGCAUUAUAGCCACUUCCCUCCUAGCUAGCAUCACCGAUACAAAACACUACUUCUACAUCCAGGUCGACCCGCACAUAUGGAGGUAUCACCAACUAUGGCGUAUACUAGUCUACCAACUAUGCUACACGAAUUCGACAGAGUGUCUAUUUGCUGCCAUGACGGUGUAUAAUAUGAGGGUUAUAGAGAGAGUCUGGGGGAGUAGGAAAUUCGCAUCCUUCCUAGCAAUCAGCUACCUCCUCACAACCCUCCUUCCCCCACUCCUCCUCACCCUCCUAAUCCGCCCCCUUUCCCUCCACACAAUCAACUACCUACCCGCCGGUCCCACGCCUCUGAUUUUCACCCUCCUUGCACAAUACCACGCUAUCAUCCCCCACGUCUACAAAUACCGACUUGCAGCCUCGCCGUACAACCCGACUACCUCCGAGCCUUUCGUCGGCCUCACCUUCUCCGACAAGUCGUACGUCUAUCUGCCAGCGGUCCAACUAUCCUUGAGUCAAUUCCCGGGCUCGUUCCUAUGUGCGACCGUGGGCUGGGUGGUGGGGUAUAGUUGGCGGAAUGAGGUUCUGCCUGGAAGAUUGACGAGGUGGAGGGUUCCGGCUUGGGUGGUGGGUGAGGUUGUAAGGAAACGCGGGGAGGAUUUUGAAGGCUUAAGGAGGAGGUUAGAAGGGGAGGGGACCAGUGGGGAGCAAGCGGCCGUGACGGGGAGUGAUGGACGACUAGGAGGAGAGGUAGGGAGACGGAGGCCAUUGGCGAGGCAGCUUGUUGAUCAAUUUCGGGGGGCAUUCUAGGUGGGCUUAUGCUUGGAGGGCUUAUGCUUGGAGGGCUUAUGCUUGGAGGGCUUAUGCUUGGAAGGCUUAUGCUUGGAGGGCUGGCACUUGUGAAUGAGCAAGACUUGAGGGAAGGAUGGUGUUGUGAGGUACAAUUGCACUGCUACACUGCUACAUUGCUGUAAAUACUACAUUCACCAGGGCAGGUUGGACCGUUUGAAGAUACCAGGCCAACACAUCCAACCUAACGACGAUCCUGGGGGAAUGAGAUAUAGCGAGUGUGAUAUGGCAUAGCAGAAAUCGAGUUUGGAGAUAUUAAGUGGAGGCACUACCCAACCAGAAGAUUAUAUGGCUGAGGGCAGGGACUGAUUCGACUAUCACAUAGGACAUGAUAUAGAUAGACACUUCAAGCGUGUAUGCAUAGCAGCAAUCUGUAGAUUAAUCACUGUAUAUAGCUUUUCAUGAUCCUGGUGAUUUCAGAAAUCGUCACAAUUACUAUUACGACACCAAAGGGUAUGCUUGUCCCGGUCGAGGUGAUCAUCUACA